AUGGCUGCGCCCUUGAAGUGUGGCGCUGCCACUAUCACCUCAGAAACAAAUAUGUCUUUAAAGAAAGCGCUUUCUGAAGUUUCGCCCCUCAUUUUGCGAGUUAUUGCUGAAUGUCCAGUGUCAAAGGCAAGAGCUUGUGAUCUUGUGCUGCCCCACCGCACUGUUAGCACUCCGGUUUUCAUGCCUGUUGGUACGCAAGGAACUUUGAAGGGAAUCACUGUUGAUCAGCUGGAAGAUCUUGGAUGUCAGAUAUGUCUUGGUAACACUUACCACCUGGGUAUGAGACCGGGCCCCGAAUUGAUCGAGAAAGCCAGUGGUUUGCAUGGCUUCAUGAAUUGGGAGGGAAAUCUCUUAACUGAUAGUGGAGGAUUUCAGAUGGUAUCUCUAGUUGAACUCUCAGAGGUCACGGAGGAGGGAGUCAAGUUCAAAUCCCCUUACGAUGGCAAGGAGAUUCUUCUAACUCCCGAGAAGUCUAUCGAUAUCCAAAACUGUCUGGGGUCCGACAUCAUGAUGCAGCUGGAUGAUGUGGUCAGCAGUACAGUAACAGGCCCACGGGUAGAAGAGGCAAUGCACAGGUCGAUCCGCUGGCUGGACCGCUGCAUAGUUGCCAACAAACAUCCAGACAAACAGAACCUAUUUGCCAUCAUCCAGGGUGGACUGAAUGCAGAGCUGCGUAAGCAGUGCCUAGAUGAAAUGACCAAACGUGAUGUUCCUGGUUUUGCCAUUGGCGGCCUGAGUGGAGGGGAGGAGAAGGAUGACUUCUGGAGGAUGGUCACACUGAGCACUGACCACCUACCCCGAGAAAAGCCCCGCUACCUUAUGGGUGUGGGUUAUGCUGUGGAUUUGGUGGUGUGCGUCGCCCUAGGAUGUGAUAUGUUUGACUGUGUCUUCCCCACUCGGACAGCGAGGUUUGGCUCUGCUUUGGUGCCAUGGGGAUCUCUCCAGGUAAAGCAAAAGCAGUAUGCUAAGGACUUCAGGCCCAUAGACCCAGAAUGCAAGUGCCCCACCUGCAAGAGGCACAGCCGGGCUUACCUGCAUGCUCUUUUUAAGAGUGAUACUGCCGCCAUGCAUCACGUCACCAUCCACAACAUCGCCUACCAGCUCACCCUGAUGCGAUCUGCGAGACAGAGCGUUGUGGAAGGUCGGUUCCCAGAUUUUGUAAGGAAUUUCAUGAGGAGGAUGUUCCCCGACAGGGACAAGUACCCGAGCUGGGCUGUGGACGCCUUGGCCUCUGUCAACAUUACAAUGGAUUAGGUCACUUGGAAGACCACCGAUCGUUUCACUCAGAGGUGGUGCAAACGGUGGAAAUGUCGAGGACUUUUUUUUAAAACACUCGUUUUUGAGAACUUGUUUUAUAAUGAUUCUUUUUUUAUUUGUUUUUAUCGACUCUGUAAACGAUGUCUGCGUCCGAAAUGACUCGUGGACUGAAUAGACGGGAUUCGGCUGUAUUGAGACAGCCUGUUACGUACAAUUUCUCCAAAGACAAAAACAAAGCUGUCCUUAGUGUGCAUGAAGAUAAUGCGAGACUGAAAGGGGGCUGAAUUGGAUAUGGAAGACAUCACCGAUAUGAAAUUUUGGUUGUUUCCAUGGAUACACGAACAGGCCCACCCGCUUGAGACAAAUUUGCCUUCCUCCCAAAACCAUUUUAAUUUUUAUUGCUGAGCCUUCACUACAGCAGCCUGUGAUGUUUGCCAAAGAUGUGAGGCUA